GAGCUGAGUGGUCCAGGGCGAUGCAAGCCACCUUCUCUUUCCCGAGCUGUGUUGCUGUGGGAAAACAGUAGUCACUGUAUUAAGGGUUAGGGAUCUGCCGCAGGAUCGACAUAGAGGACCAGCCGACUCCCCCAGCUGUCGCUGCUGGGUUGGGUCCCCUCACUUUGGUGCUCGCUUUUCCACACUCCGGGUCGCAAAGCCCGCCCACUGCACUCGCUGACUCCCCACUUCCGCUCUCGACUCCCGCGGAACAAAAUGGCUGAGGAGUCGGAGACUGUGCUGCAGCUCCCUCCCUCAGGCGCAGCUGACAGCGAAGGAGCUGCGGACGUCUCCCCAGGAACAGCCACUCCGGAGCCUCCUUCUUCCGCUGCAGUCUCCCCGGGUACAGAGGAACCUGCCGGCGACACCAAGAAAAAAAUUGACAUCCUGCUAAAGGCUGUGGGAGACACCCCUAUAAUGAAAACAAAGAAGUGGGCUGUAGAGCGAACCCGAACCAUCCAAGGACUCAUUGACUUCAUCAAAAAGUUCCUUAAACUUGUGGCUUCAGAACAGUUGUGUUUUGGCAGUGAUGGUAAACUGGUCCUACAUUACUGCAAAUCUCAGGCAUGGGGAUGAACUACAGAAAAGAUCUUGAUAACUAAAAUGAAUCUUCAGAAAGGAAACAGCUCUGAAAAGUUUGACACUUUUGGCAAGAGACUUGUGAAUAUGAUCUACUCAGCAUGUUAUCUGCUAUGACCCAUGUUUAUGCAUGUUAUCCAUGGAGUAGAUAGACUCACAAGAAUGUAAUUUGUAUUACAGAAAUCAUGAUAAAAAGAUUGACAUGAGAGUAUACCCAGUACAACUAUUGCUCCAUAUAUGCCUCCAAGAUAUUGAUAAGGAGACUAAGAUUGUAAAAGCCUCUUUGUCACCAGUUCUUAAAAUUGUUUACUUGUAGAAUUAACACUCUGCUGAUAGUUUUUCCACUGUAAAAGUCAGUUUUGUUUACUGAAGGAUUCUUUUUGUGCUUACUCUGGAAAGUUCAGUUUGUUCAAUGUAUGGGAUAUGCCUGUUCUCAUUUAUAUUUAUACCUAUACAGUAUUAUGAAACACAAUCUCAUUGUCCUGCUGGUUUUAUACCUUACACAGUCCAGUAGAGGGCAGCCUAGCUGGCAGAAAGAAGCAGUUUGGUUUUACAUCUAUGCCAAAUGAUAUUGGAGGGAAAAAAACUGUUCCUGCUCAUUUCUAGCAAACAUCUACCCAAGACAACAUAUAUAUUGACACACUGAAAGACUGUUUUAAAAGAAUAUGCAUUGUUUAUAUUUAAUUAUUUUGUUGGGAAACAGAAAUUUUACGAAUUUUGGACAAAUUUCACUCCAAUCAUUUGAUGACUCUUGAAUCCCAAUGGUUAUAGCUGUGGUGAUAUUCUGUCUCUUAUUUUUAGUGUCAAAAGUGCUCAAAUGAAGGUGACAACAUUCUUGAACUUUUUAUAAUGCAUUUUUUCAACUUGAAAAUGCUUAAAGAAUGACUGGAAAAAAACUAGUUCCUAUGUGUAUUUCAUGGAGUAACUAGAAAGUACCUUUUUUCUGAUGCUAUUAGAUUGGUAAUUGCUUGAAGUAAGAUUUAACAUUUUUCUCCAUUCUAUACUAUAUUCGUAAUGCAGUAUUUUAAAAGUAUCAUUUCACUGAUGUAUGGAGUCUGAAAAAAUGAACAAAAACCAGACUUAUAGAUACAGAAUAACUGAUAGUUGCCACAGGGUGGGGCAGUAGGGCUGUGGCCAAAAAUGGUGAAGGGGAUUGAGGUACGAACUUAGAGAUUAGUCACCGGGGUGUACAGUACAGCACAGGGAAUGCAGUCAACAAUGUCACAAUAAUUUUGUAUGGCGACACGUGGAUAGUGGACUUCUGUGAUCACUUUUGUAGGGUGUAUAAGUAUGAAAACUCACUACAUGAUACACCAGAAACUAAUAUAAUAUUGUAAGUCAACUAUAAUUAAAAAGAGCUUUACAUUCCAAAAUAAAAAUUAGAUGUGAAGCAAAAAAAAAAAAAGUAUUUCAAUAAAUUGAAUGGAAUAUCCAAACAGGUCUAAAGUGUGUGCAAGAAUUCUAAGUGUUUAUUUUCAGAGGUAAUGGGCAUGGUAUGGUUUUGUGAAAGGACUUUGAACUACACUUAUGACCCUUAAAUCCUAGAAUGUACUUUAUGGUUAAUGAUCUGCCAUACAUUAGCAUUAAAGGAUACUAAGGAUACUAAAGGAACAAUUGAGUUUACGGUGAUCAAAUCACUGCUCAGUUCUCAUUUUCUGUCCUUGAGUGAAUGAAUGAAGUCCCCCUACACCAAUGUUUCUGUGUAAUAACUUAAUAUAGCUAGUAGUUAGCAGUGGAAUAAUACAAGUUAAAUUGUGCAAAUUUAUCUUGUAAAACUGGGUCGGAAAUUUAUAUAUAUGUUGAAAACCGGAAUGUGUAUUUUCAAGUCACGUAUGUUGGAUGUAGAAAAGAGCUGUUCUCUAGCUUCAUCCACUUACAGUUUAUUGAAGGAUAUAAAUAUAUUUAUAUGCAUAUAUAGUUAAUGAAUAGCAAAAAUUAUUUACCUUAUAUUUAUUACUAAGGUUUCAGGUGUGUGGAAUGUUUACUACCUCAAUAAGCAAAACUCCAUUUUGAAUUUGUGACAUCAAUUGUUCAUUUUUAAUCUAAAGGACUUAGUAAUUGAUUAAAUCUAAGGUUAGUUAAAUAUG